CCAGAUUCCAUAGAUCACCAUGCAGCAGAGAGUGGAGAUUUGUAUGCCAUGCCACGAAAAAGGAAAAAUAAACAAAAACCAGCAGAAAAUUCUCUCUAUGAUGACACUGUAACUGUUACACAGAAAGAGCAUCCCUUUGGGCUGCAGUAUGCAGAACUGGAGCUUCCUAACCAAACGAAGAACCCACCAUCAAUAUUCAAUGACCCAGCUUAUGCCGAGAUUCCCUACAGCCAGUGACGAUCAUUAUUGUUCACUGAUCAUCAAACUCAUUUAUCAUAGUGUUGUCAGUGUG